CAUGGCGAUGCGUUGUCCACGACGCAAGGCAGGUAGGAUGCGCUGUCGUGCCCAAAAUCUCUGCUUGACGCCAGCGGCUCUUCGUGCCCUCUCAACAAUUAGUCCGGCGGUCCUGAUGUGACUGGUUAAAAAUCGUUGGCUGGCCGACUUCCAGGGUUUGGAUGUACUUACAACAGCACGCCUCAUCUUUUGUACUCUAACCUUCCCUGCGGAGCUUGGAACGUUUGCUAGGUAGAUCAGGCCUACGAUGCGGCCAUGAUGCCUGUACGGGGAGACCAACCUCACAGACGCUCUAUCAAUAUGGGCGGUAUGAAUGGUCCAAACGAGUACUACCGGAGCGAGUACUACCGAAACGAGACGUACGACCAUCCAGGCGUCCCUAACGAGCAAACGCUUGGACACAACUACUACUCCGACUCAUUGCGAUCAGGAUGUUACGCUUUCGACCUCUGGCCGCCGUCCAUAUGUGAAGCUCUUACCGCAACCCCGACUGAAGAGUCAUACGACUCAGUUGGAGGAUCAAGCUCAGCGAAAGAUUGCGCUGGGCCUUCAGCUUCCGACUAUCGCAACGGGCACGAGUCUGCCCGACCAAAAGCUGUCAAAAAGAAGACAAGUCUACGCUGUUCAGUGUGCGUAGACAAACCCCCGUUUACUGGCCAGUACGCCCAGAGAAACCUGAACCGCCACAUGGAAAAGCACGGCACAUGCGCUGAGUCCAGGAGUGAAAGGCAUAUCCGUUGCGGGCAACCAGGAUGCACGUCGACGUUUGGAAGAGAAGAUGCACUGCUCGUCCACCUCAGGCGAAGCCAUCCAGAACUCAACACGCCGCCUGCGAAGAAGCGGAAGAGAGAAGAGUAGAUCGAAGACGCGAUGUGCCUGCUUUGCAUACUUCAUCGGCGUUAUCGUCGGAUAUGUUAAGGACUUCACAGGUGGUGUUUUCAGGCAUUAUUUUGACUUCCAUCCAGUCUUGCGUAUUAGAGUUGAUGUACCGAGUAUGAGUGUUCAUAGACUCCAUAGGAUCGUCCGUCAUGUGUACUACCACCUUGUAGUCUCAUGUUGUUAGAAUAAAGUUAGCGUAACGUUACCUCUUGAUUGUCGACCGAUGGUACGACCGGCGCACUUUACAUAACCUGAUACAAAUGUCGUGUAAGAAGGUCUUCCCUGGGGUUGUGAUAUCAUAG